AUGUCUUUCAAGGUCACAAAAACACUCACUUCGAACGAUGGAAAGAAUGAGGACGUUCCCUAUGGACCAUCUGUUUGGUACACGGACAAGCACCUUUUCACGUAUGGCCACGAGCUUCAACUGCCAGAAGCCCGACUUCAGAACUGGUAUCCAUCGUCCUUCACAGAUCCCAAGGAUACGAGCACACGGUUCCAGACAAUGGAGCACUACAUAAUGUGGCGCAAAGCCGUAUGCUUCAGUGACCAGGAGACAGCUGAAAAGAUCCUCGUGGCGGCCACGCCUAGCGAAGCUCAAGCACUCGGCCGCCAAGUCAAGAACUUUGACGGUGCAAAGUGGCGCAAAACUGUGCCUGAUGUUGCAGAGGAAGGAACGUGGUUGAAGUUCUCCCAGAUUGCUGAAUGCCGCGAGGCGUUGUUGGCGACAGGAGACAGGAUCCUGGCCGAAUCCAACCCUGCGGACCGGAACUGGGGGAUCGGGUUCCGUGGAGAUGAAGCUGCAGAGAACGAGAGUGAAUGGGGCACAAACUUGCUCGGCAAAGCGCAGAUGAGGGUCAGAGAGAGACUGGUAAAGCAGGAGAAGAAAUGA